AUGGAACUGGGCAAGAGACUUAUCAACACAACGGAUGAGUCUGAGGUAUCGAAAUUGAUCGAGACCGGUGAGAGAGAUUGCGUCAUCGUUUCCUCCGAAGGCAAAGGAUUCCCAACCUACGUGGAGCUCCUCAAGCUCAUGAGUCCGUACUUCUCAUGUAUCCUCCAAGAAGGAUGGACAGAAACCCGCCGGAAGGUUAUCAAGACGAAAAUAUCCAAAAACUCCCUCGAAUCCAUCGUACACUUCAUGGAGUACGGUGAGAUCCUGCUGAGCGCGUCGAAUAUCGGUUUAGUGUAUCUCGUUGCCGAGUAUUUUCAGCUCGAAUGCCUCAUGGAGGAGUGUCGCCAUUUCCUCACGAAAAGGAUGAGCGAAAUCUUGGGAAAGGUCAUCGCGAUUGGUACAAAACACCCGCUCAUGGUCUCCCUAGCUGAGGAAGCCUUGGAUUACAUCACCGAGCACAUUUCGGAGAGUAAGACGAAUGACCAACUCAUCUUACUCACGCCUGAGAUGAUAGCAUCGGUGCUAUCGAGGGACGAGCUGAAUGUGAAGUCCGAAGAUGAGGUGUGCGAUAUCGUCGUGAAAUGGUUGGGGACGAGGCCCGACACAAGCGGCAUCUUAACCGUGGUCGAGUGUAUCAGAUUGCCACACUUGACGAAAGACUCGUUCGAGAGGCUCAAAUCCGCUUUGGGAGACUCCAUUUCUGUGCCAUCCAUCGAGCUGAUCAACUGCGGCAAACUCUUGGACCUGCCGGAAGAUCAGCUCGCUCGGCGCUUGAUUUUCCAAUUCGUGGCAAUCAUGAAUACCCUUCACAUGAUAACGCACAGCAAGAAUUUCAAUCAUCUUCUGGUUUUCCAACAACAAAAAAAUGGCCGCUGGAUUCAACGCAUCAAAUACCGACGAGAGGAGCCUAUGCCUGACUUCGCAGAGUCCGUCGAUGGAACGGAGCUCUCUUUGAGUAUCUUCGAUGGCUUCUGUAAGCCUUUGAAAACGCUGCAAUUUGAGCCCUUGAGCUUCGCGGACGCAAAGAUUGUCGAAUACCAGCCGCCCAUGGAGUUGAACUUCAGCCCGCCGCGGAUGAUCCUCCGUAAGGAGGUCGCGAUCUACUUGCUGGAUUCGAGCGUCAAAAUCUGUGAUCGACUCAGCGGCGAAGUCGCAACGAUCCCUCGCGCACCGGGCUGUGAGAAGCUCCGAUUCACCGAUAUCCUCCUCCACGAUGAUAAGCUCUACGCAUACGAGGAGUUGAACCUGGAACUACGCGAUCGCGACUUCAAUCCAAUCCAUGAUAGGUUAUACGUGAUCUCAUUGGAGACAAAGCAGAUCGAGAGUGUCGUAGAGGUCGUUCUCCCAACGCCCAAGACCCGACCGAGUCCGGUCCUGCAAGGGGACAGAUACAAGUGUCCGAAGAUGUUGAUUGUCGGGAGUCGUCUAACGCUCUACAAAUAUUUCGCGGCUCGCGACUGCGUCAUGAUCGUUGAAUUCGAUGCGGAGAAGCAGGUUUUCAAUAAAAUCGCCGAGAUCCCGUGCUCCGACCGCGAAACUUAUUACAAUAAGAUUGUGACCCUGUUACCACUGCACCUACAUCGAUGCAGAUCCGAGACGCUCCUCCAGGAAUACUGUGGUUCAUUGAGAGAUCCCGCACAAGGUGCUGAACUUUCUCAGCUCUUAUUCUAUUUGUGAAAGAGUGAGACUGUCUGCGUUGCAGGAGCCGAGAGAGUCUGGGUGAA